CUCAGCACAUACCCCAGAGGUAACGCCACCUGUUCUGCUUUGGAUCAUGGUUCUAAUGAUUUUACAUAUUCCAGAAAAUUUACCGGGAAAUCGACGUUGACAGGUCAGGAACCAUGAAUUCCUAUGAGAUGCGGAAGGCGCUGGAAGAAGCAGGUUUCAAGCUGCCCUGUCAACUUCACCAAGUCAUCGUUGCCCGGUUUGCAGACGACCAGCUGACCAUCGAUUUUAAUAAUUUUGUUCGGUGUUUGGUUCGGCUAGAAAUACUAUUCAAGAUAUUCAAGCAACUGGAUCCCGAGAACACUGGGACGAUACAGCUCGACCUUAUCUCUUGGCUCUGCUUUUCAGUACUCUGAAGUUACAACUGAUCUGCCCAAGGACUUCUCAUGAAAGAAAAUCAGUCAGUGCCUGAACUUUUGAACACUUUGUAUCUGGACCUUGAACUUAUGAGAACAUUUACUUAAAUGGAUUAUUAAACCUGAAAAAUAAUACCGUCUGAGAUAGCGGAACUUUCACAUAUAAGAUUUGGGUAUCAUUAAACUAAGUGCAAAUGAAUCGCUUAACCCUUAAUAAGCUCCAAAAAAGCUUUGAGUCUGUAAAUAGUAUACACUUUUUACUUUUACACAUUUUCCCGUUCAUAGCAAUAUUAAAGCAGGAAGGAAGGCAGAACUAUUGACCAGCUAAGCAAACAGUAAAUUGGUCUCUAAGGCCACACACAAAGCCUUGCUGGGAAUAUUUAAAGCAAUUUUAAAUUUUAAAACACAGUGGUGACAUCUGCUACAGCAGCUCAGGAAUUGCUACCUGCCUGAAGCAAACUGGGGAAUAUGUAUAGAAAAGUAGUCUAAAGAGUCUAGGGGCCAGGGGUGGGGGUGUGUCCCUGUAUUUGGGAGGCUGAGACAGAGGCCAACCUGGGCUACCUGGCAAGACCUUAUCGAAAAAAAAGAAAAAAGUUCAGGCAAGAAAACAUGCUUGCCUCAUUUGGUUCUAACAAGAGAUGGGUUUAAUGCAAUAUUAACAGUAAAUCACUUUUAAACUCAAGUCCUUGGCCUUACUUGGCCUUACACACUUAAGUCACCACGUGGUAAGGGGACUUGACUCCUGACCAACUGAAGCAGGACACCAAAACCAGGUGUCCAGUCUGCAAAAUGGUCAUGAUAAAGGGCAAAACAAGCUGUUGGCUACCUCAGAGCUAUGUCCCACACCACCCCUGGGGAUUGUGCCUACAGCUGGCAAGGAAAGAGGUCAGGUCUUGAAACAACUUGAGCUGGCUUCCUGGCUUGAUCUUGGGAAACCUUAGCAACAUUAUAAAAAUAUCGCCUUGUUGCCUUAUCUCCUUCCAAAUGUACUGUUAAUAAAGAGUUGCCAAUGCAGUCA